AUGUUAAAACGACUAAAGGUCGAGAAACCACCAGUAGUAGUUCAUUAUUUUUCACGAUUUUCAAGAUUCAAUCCGGUUUCGGUCGAUUGGCCAAUGGCAUCUUCUGGAGACUCCUGGGUAAGGGAAUAUAAUGAAGCAGUCAGACUUUCUGAUGACAUCACUAACAUGAUAUCCGAAAGGAACUCGCUGCCAGCAUCUGGGCCAGAAGCCCAACGGCAUUCAUCUUCCAUACGGAGGAAAAUAACCAUACUGGGAACCAGACUGGACAGCCUACAGUCUCUUCUAUCAAAGCUUCCCGGCAAGCAAUCUUUGUCUGAGAAAGAAAUGAAUCGUCGUAGGGACAUGGUUUCUAAUUUGAGAUCAAAAGUGAACCAGAUGGCUUCCACUUUGAACAUGUCAAAUUUUGCGAAUAGGGACAGUUUACUUGGCCCUGAGAUAAAGCCUGUUGAUGCAAUGAGCAGAAUCAGUGGCCUUGACAACCAUGGUGUUGUUGGUCUCCAAAGACAAGUCAUGAAAGAACAAGAUGAGGGUCUUGAGAAACUGGAGGAGACAGUGAUAAGCACCAAGCACAUUGCACUGGCAGUAAAUGAAGAGCUUGAUUUGCAUACAAGAUUAAUUGAUAAUCUAGAUGAACAUGUCGAGGUCACAGACUCCAGAUUGCAGAGGGUACAAAGGAGGCUUGCAAUAUUGAACAAGAGGACUAAGGGUGGCUGCUCCUGCUUGUGCCUCCUCCUAUCUGUCAUAGGGAUUGUGGUUUUGGUUGCCAUCAUAUAUUUGUUGGUCAAGUAUUUGUAA